AUGUCAACUCGGGAGAAGGUCGCGGUAAUCUACCAGGCGAUCAAGCCACCACUCAUUAAUGGCAUGCGCAAGCCUAUGAAGCCUGGUGGAUACCGCGACUCUGGCGCCGACAUCGCCUAUAACCUUCACACCAGCAAGUCCAUCGAGACGGUUUGUCCGGUGUCUGUUCCGUCUCCAGAGAAUGAUUCAGAGUGGUGUUUCCCAGACACAGAAGAGGGGAUAUUGGACGCGGUCAGAAAGGGAGCUACUCAUAUUUGGGCCAACACCAUUCUAUUUGCUUCUCAUCCGCUGCAAACCUCCACAGCACUUGGCAAGCUCCAGGAUACGCUCAAGGUCGUCGGCCACGGCCCCCUUGUGGUCGAAAAAUACGAUGACAAGGAGCUCGUCAACAGCCUGCUGCGCCGCACCGGCGACUUCACCAUGCCCCGCUCCUGGACAAUUCACCACAGCCCCGACUUCUCCACCAAGCUCAGCCAGAAUGACUUACCCUUUCCUGUCGUGGCUAAACCAAUACGAGGACGAGGAAGCCAUGGCGUACGAGUGUGUCGAACUCUUGAUGACCUCACUUCUCACGCCGAAGCCCUCUUUGGGGAGUCCCCAAGCAUUAUGCUGGAGGAGUACCUUGCCGGCGAAGAAGCCACGGUCACCGUGAUGCCCCCCAAUAGCGAGAAGAACGAGUACUGGUCCCUUCCCAUCGUUACCCGCUUUAACCACCAAGACGGAAUAGCCCCGUACAAUGGUGUGGUGGCGGUCACUGCCAACUCAAGGGUCAUCACUAAGGAAGAGGAGAAGGAUCCGGCUUACGGACUGAUUGCGAGGGAAUGUGAGAAAGCGGCUGAGGUAUUGGGUGUCACUGCUCCUAUCCGUAUCGAUGUGCGACGCUUUGAAAACUCCCCCGGGUCAAAAUUUGCUUUGUUCGACGUGAACAUGAAGCCGAACAUGACCGGCCCUGGUAGGCCCGGACGAGAUGAUCAAGCCAGCCUUACUCUCAUGGCGGCUGAGGCUUUGGGCUGGGAUUACCCAGAGCUAUUGAGGCAGAUUCUGCAUACUGCGUCCACGUUGAGGGCCCUCAGGGAACUAAAGCCCAAGAAUUGCCAAUCAUCAGGAUGA